ACAGAUCGAUCUAAGUAAAUCCUGAGAAAGGAGAAGAAGAACCAAACGACGUCGCAAUGGGGAUGAAAUUUCUGAACAAGAAGGGAUGGCACACGGGGAGCCUCCGCAACAUCGAGAACGUCUGGAAGGCCGAGCAGAAGCACGCCGCCGAAGAGAAGAAGCUCGACGAGCUCCGCAAGCAGAUCGUCGAAGAACGCGAACGCUCCGAGUUCCGCGAGCUCCAGGAGCAAGCCGGCCUCGUCCCCAAGCAAGAGAGAUUGGAGUUCCUCUACGAUUCCGGAUUGGCCGUGGGGCGCCCCGGCGGCUCUGAUUCUCUCAAGGAAGCCUUCACCAAAGCCGAAGAGCCUUCUUCCUCCGCUGCUGCCGCCGCGAAGGAGGCAUCAGCAUCUGCGCCGGGGGCUCUGUUUGCGGCAGAGAAGCCUCAGUCUGCCAAUGAUGCUUGGAGGAAGCUUCACUCGGAUCCUCUGCUUAUGAUUAAGCAGCGAGAGCAGGAGGCCCUUGCUCGGAUCAAGAACAAUCCUGUCCAGAUGGCUAUGAUUCGUAAACAAGUUGAAACAAAGAAGCCCAAAGAUAAAGAGCGUGACAAGAAGGAACAUCGGAAGAAGCACCGUAAAGAAUCUUCAAAACAUCAGAAGCAAACGUCUGAUUCAGAAGAUGACACAGCUGAUAUGGAAAGGAGGAAGAAUAGUCAGCGUAAGGCAUCAAAAUAUGUUAAGCAUUCAGAAUUAGAGGAUGAACCUCAUGAAAUAGCACAUCGAAGUGAAAAGAACCGUGUUAAGCAGUCAAAUGUUGAAGAUGAAUCACGUCAUAGAGCACGUGAAAGUGGGAAAACCCAGGCCAAGUAUUCAGAUUCUGAAGAUGAAUUGCGUAACAAAGAACGUGGUCGUGGUAACCAUGUCAGGCAUUCAGAUUGGGAAGAUGCAUCACAUAACAGAGCACAUCGAAGUGAGAAAAAGUAUUCAGAUGAGCUAAAUAACAGAGGACAUCGAAGUGAGAAGAACCGUAUUAAGCAUGCAGAUUCAGAAGACAAGCUACAUAACACAGGUCGAAGUGAGAACAACCGUGGUAAGCGUUCAGAUGUAGAAGAUGUGCUACAUAACAGAAGAAGUCAAAGUGAGAACAACCGUGGUAAGCGUUCAGAUGUAGAAGAUGUGCUACAUAACAGAAGAAGUCGAAGUGAGAAAAACCGUGGUAAGCAUUCAGAUUCAGAAGAUGAGCUACAUAACAGAAGAAGUCGAAGUGAGAAAAACCCUGGUAAGCAUUCAGAUUCAGAAGAUGAGCUACAUAACCAAAGAAGUCGAAGUGAGAAGAACGGUGUCAAGCAUUUAGAUUCAGAUGAUGGGCUACAUAAAAGAGCACCUUCUAUUGAGAAUAAUCAUGCUAUAGAAAGGGCAAAAGAUGACGGUCAAGGUAUGGUCAAGGGAAAGCAUGAAAGUUCAGAACAAGCGAACUCUUCCAUUAGAGGCCAAAAUGACACCCACAACAGGCGCCGAUUUGUUCCUCCUAAACUUUCAGAAGAAGAAAGAGCUGCUCGGCUAAAGGAGAUGCAGAUAGAUGCUGAGUUCCAUGAAGAACAAAGAUGGAAACGUUUGAAGAAGGCUGACGAGAAAGAUGCACGGGAAGCUACCCAGGCUAUCAGAUCUGGCGGCAAGAAUUUCUUGGAUGCUGUUCAAACUAGUGUAUAUGGUUCUGGGAAGGGGGGAAGCUCAACGAUAGAGGAGAGUGUCCGUCGCCGAACACAUUAUUCUCAGGGCAGGUCUGAAGCAGGUGAAAGCAAUGCAUUUCGACGGUAAUGCUGUUGCAUUCUGUUGCUUAUCCUGUUACAGCGAUUCUAGCUGUUUUCUUUCCUUUUUGUUCUACAUAUUUUACAGACCUAUAUUUAAUUUCUCUCCAUGUGACAUGAAGUGAAUGUCAAGCUGUAUGAAAAAUCGGUGUUAUUUCCUUUGGUUCUCUUCCCACCCUGGUUAUCAAUACAGUGAAUUUGACUCUUUAUAUAUGCUUCUGCAACUGUGUAUAUGGGGGAGCAUGCUUCUGCUGCUGUUAUUUUGUGCGUAGUACAGUUUGGUUAGUCUAUAAGCGUGACAGAGACAAUGGAAGAGAAGGUUCUGAACCAGUAACUUGAGUGCAGUGACAUCUCUGAGGGAGACGAUGAAGUUUAACUUCCCCUAUUGUCUCCCUCCAGUUGUGCCCAUUUUUUGUCGAUUUGCUUCUCAUUCUGCUCUGGAGGUUGAUUGUUUGGUUUCCCAUUCUGUCCCUUAAGUUUUCAUUGCUGCACUAAUUAGAAACGAGUUUCUUUAC